CCGUGGCAGGUUUGGGGGCUGAACCUCGGUGUGCUCUCGGCAGACAGCUUCUCCUGUGUGGUAGACACUACCCCUCGAGCUGCUGUGAGGCCAGUUGAACGAGAGAGAGCCCAGCACUCCAGGCCAGCGACAUCCUUGGGCUUUGUGUCCACUGCUCUGGAAAAGGGCUCAUUUUGUAGGAUUCUGCCCUCUUUGUAACGAGAGCGUAGACAAAACGUCUAGUGGCUGGCAUUCGUGCCAAGAGAUGGCCGAGCCUGGGCCUCACAUUCCUGUUUGUUCUUGGUCCCUCUGCCGGACUCUGGACUCAGAGCUGUUUUUUUUUUGCCCGGACCAGCUCCUAGAUGGAAAGGCAGGAAGGUCAAGGGAAGGCUCGCUUUGCCUGCUGGGGCAGAGAGCUAGCUGGAGGAGGUGGCACCCUGGGGUCACACUGCUUCCACUCCAAAUGCUGCAGAGGACCAGCAGGUGGCCUGUAAACAGGGCAGAUGUUGACAGAAGGAGGGUCAAGGCCAGCUGUGCCCACGCCUUCCCGGCCCAGAUGACAGUCAGUCUGCACCCACAGGGCCGGUCAGUUGGGCGGCAUGAACAGGACCAGCCAGUUCUGAAACCGGCAGCUCUUACCCCUGAAAGAGAGAACAAAGGAACAGGAAUAUGUCCCCCCUGUCCAGGACAGAGGUGACUGGGCUGAUCUAACUGGUGUUAGAUGGAGUUUGACCCAAAUCAGGUGUCUGGACUCAAGAUCAGCUCCAGCCAGAGGCACGCCGCCGGUCACAAGAUGUCUCCGCCACUGGCCUGCUGUCUCCUGGCGCUGUGGCUGGCUCCUGCCGCACGUGAGCCUUGGGAGUCUGGGCAGGGGAGGGCUGUGAUGUCCACAGCAGAACCUGAUUUCCCAGGGUCAGCACCAGGGACCGGACGGCAGAAGAACUUCUCUCUGCAGCUGGGCACCAGUGACCAUCCUCCCGUCCUUCCAGCAGGGGGCUGUGCAGAGCUGCCCGCUGUGAACAACAGCAUCUUCAUGGUGGAAAGGGUGGCAGGGAAGACGCAGGGGACCCUCAUCUGUGCGAAUGGCUACCACCUGGUUGGCAGACAGACCCUCAUCUGCAACACCUCCCAGGGCUGGAGUGGCCCUGCUCCCACGUGCCAAGCACACCAAGGCACUGAAUUCCUCCUUCCACAAUCUGGGGAAAACAGUACAAGUGCAGAGUGUAGGGUGAGGAGACUUGGCUGGAUGUCGCAGGCCAGAGCCAGCAGACCAGGCCCGGGAGGGUGGGGCAGUGCCCCGUGGGUGGGCCACUGCCCGGACCCCGUGCUGGUGAACGGGCAGUUCAGUGCCACCGGGCCUGUGCAUGUGGAUGACACGGUCACCUUCCGGUGCCAUGAGGACCACAUCCUCCAGGGCAGCCGCUGGAGCCGCUGCCUGCAGAACCGCACCUGGGCACCCCCCGUGCCCAUCUGCAAGAGCCGACACUGUGGCCACCCUGGGAACCCACCUCACGGCUAUUUCAAAGGCGAUGACUUCAACGCAGGGUCUGUCAUUACCUACUUCUGUGAAGCCAGAUACCAGCUGGUGGGCGCUCAGAGCCAACGGUGUGUGGAUGGAGAGUGGAGUGGUCACCUCCCAGCCUGUAAGCGCAUCCCCGAGCGUCCCAAGUCAGCUGUCCAGGAUGCUCUGGACAAAGCCCUGCUUGCCUUCUGGGAGAGCAGGGAGCCGUGCCACGCCCUGGGCAACUUCACCCAAAGACUGAAGCGAAGUGGCUUCCGUUUGAAGGACAUCAAGUUUUCUCUGGAAAUGAAGAAAGCUGAGCUAGAGGGGAAGACAUGUCUGGCCUCUGCCCUGGACAGGCCGGAUGGCAGAAAUACAUUUGUGAAUAAAGGUUCCUCUUGGCCCUGACA